AUGCCGACGGCGGCGCGGGCGUGCUUCGGGGGAGCGGCGGCGCUUGCGGGGGGGACGGUGGCGGCGGCGGUGGGGCACUUCGCCUCCGACUGCGCGGUGGCGGCGGGGAUCGCGGUGGUCCUGUCGGCGGGAUCGCUUCCGACGGCGGCCGCCGAGGUGGAUGCAGCUGAGCGGGGCACCGAUCAGUUCGAGAGCACACUGAUGGGGGACCUCUACGGCUUUGCGCCUCCGCCCUCGCUGGUGAAGUGCGUGGGCGCCACCCUGGCCGGCUCGAUGUUCGCGGUCCUGGGCAUGAUCGCCGAGGGCCGCCGCGAGCGGAGGCGCAAGGACCGAGGAGGGCGGCCGCAAGCCGGCCGCCACCGCCGCCAAGCGGCCGCAAGCCGGCCCAGCGGCUGCCGCCGGUGCCCCGGAGGAGGUCGCUUCGAGCCCGGAGAGUCAGAAGCCGGCCCGGAGGCCGGCCCAGGCCGAGGAUCGACGGGCGGCCCGAACGGCCAGAAGCCCGCCUGGAGGCGGGGUAGCGCCACCAGGGCCGAGGAGAGAGGGCACGCCGGCUGCGACUCCAUCUGGCGGCAGCCGCCGCUCGCCGGAGUGCCGGCCCCAGGCCCGGCCGGGCCCGCCGCCGGCGCCGUCGGCGCCCUUGCGGCCCUUCAGGCCUGGCGCAAGCCUUUCGGAGGCGCAGAAGGCCGAGCGGGAGAUCAAGAGCGCCCUGAACAAGCUCACUCGUGA